AUGGGAAGAUCACCUUGUUGUGAGAAAAAUAGUGUCAAGAAAGGUCCAUGGACCUCUGAGGAAGACAUGAAACUCAUUCAAUACAUUCAAGAGCACGGUGCAUGCAAUUGGCGAUCUCUUCCAAAAAAUGCUGGGCUUCAAAGAUGUGGAAAAAGUUGCCGUCUUCGUUGGACAAAUUACUUAAGACCUGGUAUAAAGAGAGGAAGAUUUUCAUUUGAGGAAGAAGAAACUAUUAUCCAGCUGCAUAGUGUUCUUGGCAACAAGUGGUCUGCGAUUGCGGCUCGAUUGCCUGGAAGAACAGAUAAUGAAAUCAAGAACUACUGGAACACUCAUAUAAGAAAGAGACUUCUUCGAAACGGUAUUGAUCCGGUGACUCAUGCUCCACGCCUCGAUCUUUUAGAUCUCUCAUCACUGUUAAACUUGCCACAGAUUAAUCUUUCGCAUCUACUCCGACUUCAAACCCUACUAAAUCCAGAAGCCCUAAGGCUGGCAGCUAGUCUUCAGGAAAAUCCUGAACUGCUAUUGACAAAACUUCAGGAAAACCAAUUAUUCAACGCUCAAUUGCAAAACCAAACCCCCGUUUUCCAAACUGACCAAUUUCAAAACACUUUUGAUCCACAAACCCCUCUUUGCAAUCCAUCCACUGAUGUUCCUGUAACUACCUCAGUUUCUAAUCAAUCUCAUCUCAUGCAAGGGAAUAUGGGACAGUUCUCUAUGAACACAGAAAGUUUAAGUGGCCAAACAUUUCAAAAUAAUCUAACAACUACAUUUGAAAGUGUCCCUUUUAUUGAAAAUUUCUGUUUUGGGGCUUCUGACCAAAAGCAGCAAGAUUUAUCAGAAAACAUAAGUUUUCAGUCCUUGAACAGCGGGAGCCAUAGCAGCAAAAAUUUCAGUUUUGAUUCAGUUUUAUCGACACCUCUCUCGAGCCCAACUCCUCUAAAUUCAAGCUCAACAUAUAUCAAUGGAAACACAGAAGAUGAGAGAGAAAGUUAUUGCAGUAGCCUGUUAAAGUUUGAAAUACCAGAGAGUUUAGAUUUUGAUGAUUUCAUGUAA